AUGUCAUGUUUCUUUUUGCUGCAGCCCAUGCUGUUGAUAAUGGGUCUUACAAUGGCGGCGCCCACCAUCACUCAUACACUAAUAUUAAGUAAUGAUAAGGAUUUAUUACAACAAAAUAACAGUAGCAACAACAACCCAAAUAACAACCAAGUAUCAAAUGCCGCCUUCAUAACAUCUUCGUUCUCAUCAUCAUCAUCAUCAUCUUCAUCGUCAACAUCUUCAAUAUCGGCUUUAUCAUCAGCACCUUUGAACAAUUCUUUGCGCUUGCGCAAACGUCAUCGCAAGCGUCAUAGCUAUUGGGAUGUCUAUAAUAAUUUCAACGAAAAUUCCACCAUAUUGGAAUGGUCUAAUCCUUGUGGUGGUGAAUACGAUCCUAGAAUUAAGAAUACCCGCCGCCCCAAUAAUAAGGAAAAGAAAAGGAUUUACAAAUUUUUGGGCAGCACAGCAUUGAACGAUUUCAAUAGCCUAAACAACAGCCACCGACAAGAUAUUAAUAUUAGUAAUAUUGAGAUAUGGUGGCUGCACAAUUAUCAAUAUAAAUUUUUGCCAAAAUUGAAAGCGAACUCAAGUAUUGCCCUAAAACGUUGGUAUCGCAACAUGCAAACCUAUGUGGCCUCUUUUGCCUAUUUGCGUCGCAUUCAAUACACCUGGGAUCAUUCGAAAUCGCAACAUCAAAGCAAUACCACAGCAGAACUUAAGGAGUUGUUUGAAAGCUCUCGCAAAAUGCUGUGCGAAUUAGAGGCGGCCGUCAAUAAGACCAACCCCUAUAGAUCACCACAAAUGCCGCUCAUUAACAGAGCUCAAAUGAAUAAACGUUUGAAAUUGCGCACCAAGCAACGUGCUCAUCGCAACCCACACGAAUUGACAGAGGCCGAUUCGAUUGACUUGAAAUUUGUCAAAUAUCAUUUUUUGGAAUAUUUGAAAAAAAUGUCGGUGAUAUUGGGGAAAUUCAAUAAACGAAGAGGUCAAGUGGGCCUAAGGAAUAAUCGGCAACAAGAAAAUCCCAAGGAAUUUAAUGAAAUUGAAAAGAAUGGCUCAGAAAGGAGGGGUGGUGGUAAAUCCUCGUCCAGAAGUAGAGCAAGGGCAAGAUAUUUGAAAAGUAAAAAUAAGUUAGUGUAAGUGUUAAGAUAUAGAAGAGGAAGAAGAAGAAGAAGAACAACGAAGAUGUAGAAGCAUCCCGCCAAAUAUACUACCGCUAAAACUACCACAUUCCUCCCCCCCCCAAAAAAAAAGAGAAAAAUAUUGCUAUUCGAAACUCCCCAAAUUAUCAAUACUUUCAGAUCAUUAUAAUUCUUUUAUACUUGAUUUGUUCCUCAUUUUUCUAAGAAAGAAAACUGGGUGUUCUAGUCAUUCCAAGCAAGUGAAGGUCCCUUUAAAA